GCGGGGCCCGGUUUGGAGGCCAGAACGAGGGCACCCCUGCCUUUCAGCCCCUUCUGCGGAACGGAAGGGAGGGUCCCGGACUUCAGUCCCAGACGGCGGGGAUGGCGACGGCUUCCGUGCGGAUCCGACAGGCCGAAGAGGGAGACUGUGGAAAUAUCCUGAGGCUGAUUCGGGAACUAGCCGAGUACGAGAAACUCUCCGACCAGGUGAAGAUCACUGAGGAAGCCCUGAGAGCAGAUGGCUUCGGAGAGAAUCCUUUCUAUCACUGUUUGGUGGCUGAACUUCUUCCCGCCCCCGGGGAGCCACAGGGGCCCUGUGUGGUCGUGGGCUACGGGCUGUACUACUUCAUCUAUAGCACAUGGAAAGGGCGCAACGUUUAUCUGGAAGAUAUUUACGUGAAGCCCGAAUAUCGGGGUCAGGGGAUUGGUUCCAAAAUAAUCAAAAAGGUGGCUGAGGUGGCCCUGGAAAGGGGCUGCUCCCAGUUUCGCCUGGCAGUCCUGGACUGGAACGAGAGGGCCAUGAACUUGUACAAGGCCCUCGGAGCCCGUGACCUGACCGAAGCUGAGGGCUGGCACUCCUUUCGCUUCGAAGGGGAGGCGAUGAGGGAGUUGGCAGGAAAGUGAGGCCAUUCCUUGGGCAUCUCGCUCUUUGGCCUCCCCCCACCCACCCCCACCUGCUCAAGCACUCCUCAGAGACUUGUCCCCACUGACGACGGCCUCCCUGAAGGAAGAGAGGUUGGGAGUCACCAAACCGGAAGUAGGGAAAGAGCAGAAUUGAGGGAGAGGCCCUUCCGCCUCCUUGGUGAGGAUGAGAAAUAAAUGAGAAUUACUGUAUCCUGAUGCGGUGCUGAUAGAGCAGUUGAUGGUACGAUAAACCUCCAGCCAGUUCAGGAGACUUCCGAGCGCCCUGGUUGCUGGAGGCUGCUGCUGGGGGGAAAGGUGGCUCCGAGGGGACUUCCACUCACCCCCACUGGGCCGCAGUCUUGGCUCUGGGCUGUGGAAUAGAGAGAAAAGAAGAGCGAGGGGCCGGCUUGGCCCAGGCUUGGGUUGACACCAGGCUUGUCACAUUUGGGACCCAGACAAAGGCCUCCAGUGUCUGGAAGCCGCAGUGCAGGACAAAUGGAACAGGCUGCCACCUGCUGGUGGUGUUUCGGGGGCCUUGGGAAGGACCACUUGCCUCAACUUAAAAAAAAAA